GCUCUGCGUCCCCUGACGCAAAGCAGUCCGGAGGGUUCAGAGGGGAGAGUAGAAAGUUUAGCAGUGUUCUCUUAUCUUACACGACAGGGUAAGAGGAUACAAAACUAUGGAGGUUAUCAGAGAUAUUGUUUCAUAGAGGAAUUUGACUCGCAGAGGUUUCAGCUUUGGAAUUAUCUUUUUUGUAACCUUUUUUUUUUUUUUUUUUUUUACUUUGCAUCAUCCGUUGUCGAAAUGCCUGCUUUGGGGGUUUGGAUUAACGCUAUUUGGAUUUUAUCUUUUGCCGGUUUUGACGCGGCUUCUUCAAGCUAUUCUGAAGACCAGUGCAGCUGGAGAGGCAGUGGUUUGUCCCAGCAGCAGGGCAGUGUGGAGCAGAUCUCCCUCCACUGCUCGGAGGGCACACUGGACUGGCUGUAUCCCAAAGGGGCCCUGCGCCUCUCCCUCUCACCCCGCCUGCCCUCUGUGGCAGUGGGGCCCGGUGGCAGCAGCUCGGGCCUCAUCACUGCCUGCGUCAAGCCCUCUGAGCAGUUCCACGGGGCCCAGCUGUACCUGGAGAGAGAUGGGGUCCUGGAGCUCCUGGUAGGGGACCGCCUGGAGUCCUCUCCCCCGCCGAGGGUGCGCUGCUUCAGCCGCCUGCCUGGGGAGAGGGUGGCUCUCUUCCUGCAGGCUACACCUCAUCAGGACAUCAGCAGAAGGAUCGCCUCCUUUCGCUAUGAGCUGAGAGGGGACUGGACCGCGCGCCUGUCGCUGGACUCCAACCCCAUCAGCAGUGAAGAGGCCUGCAGACCCUGCAACAACACUGAGAUCCUGAUGGCCGUUUGCACCAGUGACUUUGUUGUGCGAGGUAACAUCCGAUCAGUGGUGGAAGACGAUAACCUACGGGCAGCGGUGAUUAAAGUCAGCGCCACCCGGGUGUUUCGUCAGAAGUACGCCCUGUUCACCGGCAACAGUCGCCUGACCAGCCGGGGCGAGGUUAGGACUCUGCUGCAGUGCGGCGUCAAACCGGGGCCUGGCAGCUUUCUCUUCACCGGUCGGGUCCACUUUGGAGAGGCCUGGUUGGGCUGUGCUCCCCGUUACAAGGACUUCCAGCGGGCUUACACUAUAGCCAAAGCAGCCCAGCAGAUACCCUGUGAACUGCCUGUAGACUGAAACAGAAACUCUGCAGCAGCUUGUCUACCGCUCAGAUUCGAGGCCGUACGCCAGGCCAAACUCAGUCUUGUUCCAUAUUUUGGAAGAAGCCAUAGUGUGCAACUGUUGGCUGACGCCGCCAUGGCACAACCAACGUCUUCCCAAAGGUCUGAGGAGUGAAAGGGGCUUUUCCCAACACCAUUUCAGUGCAUUAUGCAGUCACGGGGUCAGAAAGAAUGUGGUGGAUUUGGGGCGCGAGGGACAUGGUUGAAAUGAAGAUUAAAGCAUUUGGCAUUGGACAUUUUUUGCACAUAGUCAUGCUAUUAUGCAGGUUCAGAGCUCAAAGCUUUAAUCUAUCGUAAAGCUUUCCAUUCGGGUUAAUUAAGUCAAGCCAUCAAUUCAGGCCUAUUGAGAGUCAUUGCUUUGAAACUCAGGAUAAUCUAUUAUUAUAAGUUCUAUAGAAAGCUCACUGCCUAUUGGUUGGUAUCCCAGUGAGGAUACACUUAGGCACCUUUUUGUUCGGUUAAUGUCAGGCCACAGGAAAGUGAUGUUCUGCUGGCUACCCCUGUACUGGGGUCAUCCUCAGUGUUACUAUUAUUAAGAAGAUUAUUAAGAAAAAGUCCUCAGAACAUGUUA